AUGGAUCCCCUAAUUACCAUGCAAGAUAUCCAAUAUAAGAAUGGACCAAGAAUAUCCAAGAAGCCAUUCGUAAAACUUCUUGACCACCUUUUCUUGUCGUUGAUCGUAGUUACUUUUUGCGUUAUUGUAGUUUUUAGCCCAUAUUGGCUUGAAGUUUCUUAUAGUUUUUUCUUGUUCACAAUCCCUAGAGUUAGUACUUACAUCCUAACAUCUAAAGUAUCAUUUUUUCUCACCAAUGUCAUCGUGAUCACCCUCAUCGGAGUGUCAAGGUUUUAUAGUUCAAGAUCUUCUCCUCCAGCUGGCGAGUUGCAAAAAGAGUACAUUACACGAAGCCAUUCUUGUGACUCGUGGUCUUAUGGAACUGUGAAGCUGGCAAUCGGAGAUCAACGAUCUUCGAAAGAGAAUAUUGAUCAACCGAGACUCGAAGAGGGCAAAAGAAAAAAGCUUAGUCCGCUUCAGAUAGAUUCGUUAAACCAGAGGGCUGAUAAUCUGAUCGCUAGAGUCAACAGACGGAGGAGUCUUGAAAUUGGGCUGUUACAUAGACCAUAG